AUGGCAAAACUUUUCGCAAAUGAACAAAAAGAUGCCGUCCCUAACGAUGGCAAAUCCGAAUUCAAUGAGAAACGGCGCGUAGAGAAAAUGAUGAUACGAAUGCUCGAGGGACAGCAACCAUCACGGCGCGACCUUUCUUGGCUGGUCGACAAAAUGAUCACUGUGCUAUCGAUGGAGCCGAUGUUGCUGGAACUCGAUCCGCCGAUAAUCAUUUGCGGGGACGUACAUGGUCAGCUAACCGACCUGCUACGACUAUUUAACCACGUCGGAUGGCCAGAGGAAUGUCGGUACUUAUUUUUAGGGGACUACGUUGAUAGAGGCGAAAGAAGCGUUGAAACAAUAGCGCUACUAUUUUUACUGAAGCUUUGCUAUCCAACCAAGCUGUAUCUGUUGAGAGGCAACCACGAGACAGCGAUGAUCAAUCGGAUAUACGGUUUUUACGACGAAUGUGUGAACAAAUAUGACGAAUCGAUUUGGAUUCAGUUCCAGGUAAAGCAUUCGCUGUACGUCAUGUGUGUCUUCUGCGCGCUGGUGGCGAAGCGCAUAUUUUGCACCCAUGGCGGUCUGUCGCAGUCGCUCACCAACUGGGAUCAAAUAAAGAACCUGAAGAAGCCGGCCGAGGUUCCGGAGCAGGGUCUGUUGUGCGACCUGCUGUGGUCGGAUCCGGACCCCGUAGGCAAAGGUGACCCCAACCGCGGAGUCAGCUACCUCUUUGGCCCCGACGUCGUAACAGAGUUUUGCCAGAACAUGGGCGUAGACCUCAUUGCCAGGGCUCACCAGGUCGUCCCAAAUGGCUUCGAAUUUUUCGCUGAUGGACGCCUGGUGACUCUGUUCAGCGCCCCGAACUACUGUGGAGUAUUCGAUAAUUCCGCCGGAGCAAUGGUCGUAGACGAGAACCUGAAAUGCCAGAUUAAGGUUCGUUUAAACUUUAAACUAAUAACAACCGAGUAA